AUGAAGCCGUUCACUUAUCAACUAAUCUCAGAAUAUUCAAUUUAAUAAUUUGAAUGGUUUAGUGCAAUAACCAUUAAUAAAGAUUGUACAAUAUUAUUGGCUGGACGGGAUAACAAAUUAAAGUAUUUGAAUACAAGUAAGGAAUGGCUGAACAAACUUAAAUUUGAAAUGAACACAAGUCACAUGUUUAUACUCUAAACUUCAUGA